AUGCAUGACGCCGUAGCAGCUUUAUUCCAUCACGCUGUUCAGGCCCUUUGUGAGCGCACCAACGUCCUCGCCAUUGCGCUCCACGCAGCCCUGCGAACUAAUCCCACGCUUACCAUGCGUAGCCUAUUAGGUCGCCAAGACAUCACAGCGAGCCACCUGGGUAACGGCUUCGUUCAGCUCCGUCGUUGCAUUCAACUUCCUUUGGCUACAGUCACUCUUUUGCCUUUUAACGACACAUGUUUCGCGUACCCCCGUGUUCAGAUCCAGUUACGCAGUGGCUCUGCGUGGCUUGCUUUCGUAAACCCUUCUACUGGUGUAGUGGUUGUCCGAUCCGUUACUUCUUCUCCCGCGAUGGAUGCUCUAUCUCUAUCACCUAACCUCACCAUUUUCCACAAUUUAAUCCUCACAAACUUCAGCGAGCUCGUUGCGGACAACCAGCUUCAGGAGCUGUGGACAGUUAGGGAUCAGGAUGGUUUAUUUAACCAUAUUGCCCGCAUUCGCACUAUUCACAGUCUUCAGAUGAUAGUACACUUCUCAGAGCCUGGUAGCCUCUUCUCCUUCCGGCCUUUUUCCAUGCCCUCACCGUUCCAGAUAUGGGUUUUCUUCUGUUGUGUCAUUGUAUCGGGUCGCCUCGCCAAAUCUCUGCUUAUUACGUACGUUGGUGUCAGUUAUCCGGGGCUGCUGCCUCUUCUCAAGAGUGUUUACACGCAGGCUUCACCUGCAGCGGCCACGCCUUUUGUCGCGGUACCUCCCCGCGCGCCUCCUUCUAUUGAGCCACCGCAGAAACGGGUGCCUUUCCAUCUUCCACCUCGGACGCCGACAAGGCCAAUGCUCUGGACAUCGCCGACUCGUGUACGAUCCGUCGAACACCCGCUCCCCUUCAGCGUCGAGUCGAUUCCGUUGCCACCAGGAUCUCCUCCGCCUUCGACGCCCGGAGCUGUUGCUCCUGCAUAUGAGUUUUCUGGGGCUGCUGCUCCUAUACAAGACAGUGUUAUCGAGGCUACUCCUCCUGGCUCGUCCAAACAGCCAUCCUCGUUCUCCUUUUGCGAGCGUCGUCGCCCGACAAGCAGCCUGCCGCUGCAGCGGAACGAGCAGCCAAUGCUCCCGCAGCUCCUCUGCCAGCUGCGCCGCCAUCGCGUUUUCUUGCCCGACGCCGGAACAGGCUUACGGUGGCGCCUAACCCGAGCCUUGCCUGAUGAGACGCCGCCCAAUCAUGCUCAUCAUCUCAUUCAUCGUCACCCGUGGGCGCAGUACGUGACACUCAACAGUAAUCCGAUCCCAUCGGAUCCGGCAGUCGUAAGCAGCGCGGCACCGCUGGACCUUUACUCGCACAUUCCACCUGGCGGGUACCUAUCUGGC